GGUUAGUAUUAGUGUUGAAAAUUUCUUCGACAUAGUUGCUUACUUAUUUACUUUCAUCAAUCAUAUUUAUGUUGUUUUCGUUUUGUUUUGUAAAAAAUGACACCUGUUCUACCUGUUGCUUUAUUACCUAUCGGUGUCCGGGGUAUGAAAGUGCUUAAUCGUCAGAAAUUCUUGCGUAAUGUGGUGGUGCCAAUACUAAAAGUGAGCGAUGAAAAGGUAUCUAAAGUGACUCCUAUUUGUAAGAAUUACCUCUUGAAACUCGAUAGUUUCAAGCCUGUACAAACUCUGAAGCCAAAUUCUGAAAAUUCACACAAGAUUAUACAUUUAAACCCUGAAAAAAUUAGUCAAUGGAUGGAUUUCCAAGAUUCAGAACGUGAAAUUCUUCAGAAAUGUGGAAUUACAGAAAAAGAUUUCGAUUCAAAAGAGAUACAAAUAACAUAUGAAAAUUUUAAAUAUGAUGCUAUUUUCAAAGCGGUACUACCUGAAAAUGAAGACACUGUAAGUGGAUUUUCUCAAAUAGGUCACAUUAUACAUUUAAAUUUGCGAGAUCAUCUUUUGGAUUACAAGCAACUUAUCGGUGAAGUACUGAUAGACAAAAUUAAAACAUGCAGUACGGUUGUUAAUAAAAAUAACAUCAUUGAUAACACAUAUAGAAAUUUUAGCAUGGAAAUUAUCGCCGGAGAGGAAAACUACAUAGUUUCAGUAAAAGAAAACAAUUGUAACUUUAGAUUUGAUUUCUCCAAAGUAUAUUGGAAUCCACGUUUAAGUAAAGAACAUGAAAGAAUAUUGGAAUACUUGAAACCAGGAGAUGUUUUAUUUGAUGUAUUCUGUGGAGUUGGUCCCUUUUCCAUACCAGCGGCGAAAAGAAAGUGUAAAGUAUUUGCUAAUGAUUUAAACCCAGAUUCAUUUACAUGGUUAAAGUUUAACGCUAAGCAAAACAAAGUUGAUACAAAACUUUUUAAAUCAUACAAUAUGGAUGGCAAAGAUUUUAUAUGCAAAACUUUUAAAGAUUUUGUAAUUGAGUUGUGUAAAGGAGAAGUGCAGAAGGAAUUCAAAAUACAUGUAACAAUGAAUCUACCAGCAAUGGCUGUGGAGUUUUUAAAACAUUUUAAAGGAUUAUUGGAAGAUAAAUCCCUUAUGGAGAAAUUUCAUUAUGAAAUUAUUGUUUAUGUGUACUGCUUUGUAAUUGGUGAUGACCCAUAUAAAAAUGCUGAAGAACUGGUGAAGGAAAACAUUGGUUGUCAAAUAGAUAAUUUACAUAUUUUUUAUGUGAGAAAUGUAUCUCCUAAGAAAGAAAUGAUGCGAGUAAAAUUCAAUCUAACUAAAAGUAUAAUAUUUGGUGAAAUACAAGAAUUGGAAUGUGAACCUCCCCAAAAGAAAAUAUGCAUAGAAAAAGAUAUUACAGAUUGAAAAAAAAUUAAGGAAGCAUUAAUUAAUGUGGAGUCUGUACAACUAUUACAGUGUUUUCUGUAUUCUGCAGGUAUAUAAGUGAAAAUCUGUUAUGAUUUAUAUUUUUUUAAAUAAAUAAGGUAUAAAGGAAUCUUAAAGUUUCAUUAACAACACCUUAAUAUAAAUAUCUAAUUAAAAAGUUGUUAGUAAAACAUUCAAAUCAUACUAAUAUUAUAAAUGUGAAA